UUUAAGUUUACUUAUAUAUGUACAGUUCUCUAAAAUUCCGUCACUCUUCAUAAAAUCUACUUAUGUUGUUGUAAUUCCAAAUAUCAAGUGAAAUAUGUUUACAGCAGUAGCCUUGUUUAUUUUUAGCGUGUCUUCAUGCAUUGCACAGACUCAUUACCAUUCGUGCGCAGCGAUUUACAUGUCAAAUAUACUCAGCACAAGUGGCGAAUACACGGUAUAUAACAGACUCGACCAACCAUUCCAAGUGUACUGCGACUUUUACAAAGGCUACGGUUACACUUACAUUUCACCUAAUACCAGCGUCGCUAUCAAUAUCGAUGACCUUUACACUGAUUCUACGCACGUGCUAAUGCGUGACCUUCGCAAAGAUGGCGGACAAUAUGAAGCCAAAAUAGAACAAAUCACAGCUUUUCAUGCAACACCUCUUUCUAUUCAGUAUAACGCGCACACCGGAUAUGCCGCUCCUCAAAAUUCUAAAAUGACCCCGAUGGUGUAUGUAGGAUUCUUGCCUACAGCUCAAAGUCACCGUGGUCAAAGAGAAGGGUACAAGCUUAAUGGAGUUGACCAGACUUAUGUUAACUGUGACGGUAAUCCCAACAACUAUUUCGCUUUCCUGUUCAACCAUAAUCAUAUUGCACCGUCUCCCUAUCAUCCCACAAACUCAGCUAUGCAGCAUAAUUGGGUCGACAGUGCUCACCAGGUUCCACAAGCCAAGAAAAUACCGAGCAGUUUCUUCUCUUUCUUUGAAAUGCACUUUGGAGGGUGUGGAGCUUACGGAACCCCUCAACAUAUUCAGCAAGUAUCUGGAGCGGCGUUGGGCUUACGAUAUGACAUUACAUGUAAAGCACCUGAAGAUAUUACUAAUGGUCAAAAGACGGUAACAGGAACAACAUUUGGAAGCACGGUGACAUACACGUGUAACAUAGGAUAUGACCGGGAAUUUGGAGACAUGACCAGAACAUGUACACAGACAGGAAGAUGGUCCGGUCUUACCCCAACCUGUGCCGCUUUUCCGUGCUCAAGCCAUCCAUGUCAAAAUGGAGGAAUUUGUUUCGAGGACGAAGGGACAACAUAUAUUUGUGAGUGCCCAGAGGGAUUCGAGGGUCCGAUGUGUGAAACUUCGGCAGGGAAAUAAACGAAAAGGCUUUGUCUUUUGCUUGUAUAAAUUUGAAAAUAAAGAACUACGAAUUAAGA